AUGUCGGCAGUAUCCAAAGAAGUUGGGAACAAAAUUCAUCCUGCUAGUGAAAUGGAUGACCCUCUUUUUCACUUCGAAUAUGGAUUCUCGUUCAUUUCGUUGAAGAGCUCAUUUCUACUUACUGAAUUUGCGGCUCUCUUCUCGAUUGUCGUCUACAUGGCUAAACGAGACGAAAGGACGUUUAAUCGCUACAAAAUUCGAAGUCUACUCAAAUACCGUGCGAAGUCAAUGAGAGAAAAAACUCAGUUAGAGUUGAUACAAGACUGUUAUACCAACCACACCACCAGAUUUACCAGAGGGCGACGCGCUGGAAUAAGCAGUCCAGGAUCUGACAUCGCUUCUUUCGAAGAGAUAACUUCUCCAAUCAAACUUGAAAAGAAACGCAGUGAAGAAACAAGCGGUGCUGCCCAGCAUCCCGAGCUCCUAAUUCCAGAUUUUGGGAAGGGCGAUCCGCGAACCAAACGUCACGCAGAAAUAAAAUCAGAAAGCGAACAGAAGAAUGGUUUCACGUUGUGUUUUGAAAAGCGUUGUCUGUCACGAAAUAAAAAGUUGGUCUGCAAUGGGAUAAGCAGCACAAACUGGGAUAAGGAACCGAGUGUCGCACUGGAAAAAAGCGUCAGUGUUCAGCCCGAAGAGCUACCUCACAGUUCAUGGACAACAGAAAUGUAUUUCCAGGUUCCCAAUAAAAUUCACAGAAAUGCGGCUCAUUUUUGUAAUACACCAACCUGUGUCAAUUAUCUUAAUCCAAAAAAAAAAACCUACGAUUAUCUUGGCAUUAUUGGUUCCUGUUGUAAAAUGCUCUUCGGUGUGCCCUUAGACAAUUGA